UUUUGAUUGAAUCGUGUUUAGUGAGGGACUGUGUGUUAGUGUACUACUCAGUAUUGACUUGGCAUUAUUUUGUUUUGAGUAUUAUUUGUUAUGCCCGUAGGUUAUUUGGAUUGAUUUGCUGGUGAAUAUUGCUCAUUGUGAAAGGAUUAACAGUAAUAAAUUAUUAGUUUUAUCAAGAAAUUUUUAAAAGCGCUGUAAACAUCAAAAUAUUCAAUUAUUUGCCCAUACAAUAUGAGAGGAAAUCAUUCAAGAGAUAAUGAUAGAGUUUUCAAAACAUGACGAUCCACCUCACUCCAGACUUUUUGUCGCAAAUAUUAAACAAGUUUCUGAGGAAGAUCUUAGAGAUGCAUUUGGAAAAUAUGGAGAUCUCGAAGAUGUGUGGAUCUGCAAGGAUAAAAAUACAGGCGAGCGGAAAGACAUUGCAUUUAUUAAGUUCUCCAAGACCUCAGAUGCAGCUCGUGCAAUGGAAGGACUUAACGAAAAGACUAUAGAAGGAUGUACAAGACCUCUUAAAGUUAGAAUUGCGCUAUCACGAGAUCAGUCCAAUGUCGGAGGAAAGGGAGAUGAUAUGGAACGACUGUUGAGACUCUUUGUUGUUGUUCCCAAGACUAUGACUGAUCAGGACAUCACCAAUGAAUUCAAGCAAUAUGGAGAACUAGAUUAUGUUUCCGUUGUCAAAGAUCGUGAGACCAAAGAGAGCAAAGGCUACGCUUUUGUCAAAUAUAUGAAGUGGAAUCACAUCAUCCAGCUCUCGAUAUUACCGUUCCAUGUUUCAGACCAGUCACUGAUAAUAACAGGACCCAUAUCUACGACUUUAGGAGGAGUGAUCUGUUUUGAGAUAUUUAGAGUGAUUCAGGGUUGGCCGUAUCCGGAACUGAGCAACGUGAUGGGGGAUGGUGUGGAGACAGCAUUCAUUGAUUUUUGUGGUUCUCUCAGUGGGGUGAUCAGGGACUUGACCCCCACGAAAGUACUUGGAAAACGCAACUUCCCUUGUUGGUUUUCAUUAGAGCUGAAGGCACUAGUCAUUUUGAAAAAGAAGCUGCACGUCAAGUUCAAAAAGUCAUUAAAAGACUCUGACUACUUGGAAUUUCGUAGUGUUCGUGCAAGGUGUAGGACUCUAUCCGCCUCCUGUUACAGGGACUAUAUACUUCGUAUUGAAAACUCCAUACCAAGCAAUGUGAAGGUCUUCUGGGGACACAUCAGGAAUAUGAAACGCAAGUCUUCAGCACUUUCCAACCUGUACCUUGACAACGUGACAGCGGACACCCCUAAAGGCUCCCACAAACACUUCCAGUUCCUUUGGAGCUGGAAACCUCAUUCCAUCUGUCAGGUUUUUCACAUCUCAUGUGAAGAAGUGGAGGAGACAUUAGCUGGGCUGGAUGAAAGGAAGGGCGCGGGGCCAGAUGGGAUUCCCCCAGUAGGUAUCAGAUGCUGCCACCCGGCCUUCGAAGAGUGUGACCGAAGCUUCAAGGCAGUAUUCGCCCGCCCUAAGGAGCAGGAUUAUCAGCGGAAGGGAGGCCCACAGGAUCGUCACAUGGACCCCUUCGACCGUUCAUUCAACUCCAGUCAAGGCAACUCGUAUGCCUCCAUGCAGCAAUCUUCUCCUACCCCUCUCAUGGAUAUGGGCGGCUCGUAUAGCCAUCAAGGCUAUGGCAAUAAUCCAAGCCCUAUGGACAUGGUUAACAACUACGCCCUGGCCAGUCGACCUGAAGCGACAAGACUCAUCGCGCUUGUGUCUGCACAACUCAGUGAGGAGCAGGUUGAGCGCUUGUUUGACAUCGUUCCAGGUCUCAAGUAUUGUCAGUUCCAGUUACAAGCAGUGAACGAUGUGUCUAACUACAAUCGCACACCACUGUUGCGAAAAGUCCUCCUGGAAUAUGUGAAUCCAAAUGCUGCUUCUUAUGCGCUGGAGAAAUUGCACGGCUUCGAGUAUCCUCCAGGAAAGAAGAUUGUCGUUAAGUCUGAAUUCGACCAACGCAAUGACAGCCUGAUGGGAGGUGUGACUGGUAAGAGAGAUGCAAUGGGACUUGUUGCUGCUGCCACCCCAGAGAUCACCCAGGAACUUGCCACUCUGACCAAAGCACUGGCUGAAGCCACCAACAUGAUCAAACUCCAAGUCGGAGGAGCUCUGGCAGGUGUCAGGAUGGGUGGCAGUCAAA